AUGGGAGCGCAUGCUAAAUGCGCAUUUGGAAAGUACGACGUCGACGAAGGCGCAGUCGACCUUCGAGAAUUCGUCAUCGAAGUGCUCAAGCACUCUCCUACGACCGUCCCGAUGUUGCAGACGGCUCUUUGCUACGUCAAGGCCAUACGCGCGGAGAUAGUCAGACUUGCUGCUUCUGAAGCGGCUGGAUGCUGCCGACGCGAUGCAGACCAACGCAUGCUCGUCGCUCUCGCUGCUGGGGACGCCGACGUUGAAAAGGACUUCGGACCAAUAAGCCCGCCCUACGGUUCCUACCAGACUGCGCGCCGGGGAUUGACUCCGUCGGUGGAGUAUCAUCUACGUCGCUGGCUUGAUCAGGGCAAUCAAGCUGACUCCUUGACCACAGCGACUUCACUGAACCUUCCGUCGCCACUACUUGACCCGCGGCGUACGUUCAUCGCCGCACUCGUCCUUGCGAGCAAGUUCUUGCACGACAGAUGCUACUCCAAUCGCCCAUGGGCCAAGCUGGCGGCGCUUCAUCCUCGGGAGCUCGGACGCUGCGAGCGAGCCAUCUGCGAUGCCCUAGAUUGGCGCCUAUGGGUUGGCAAGCCUCCUGCCUAA